UGAUCUGUCACGUCGUUGACAAAAUACGAAUAACCUGAAAAACCACUGAAAAACUUAUUCUCGUUCAUUAUAAACUAAAUAAUAUUAUUGAAUUUAAAGCGAAAUGGUGAUAUUUUGUCAUUAGGAUAUCAUUUAGUUAAUAAUUUUUAGUCUCGUUAGGUUUAAAUAUUGUUAUCCUACAUUGUUGAACUAAUUUCGGCGUCAGCCUAGAAACAUGGGUAUUUUGGAGAAAAUAUCUGAGAUUGAGAAAGAAAUCGCAAGAACUCAAAAGAAUAAAGCGACUGAGUAUCACUUGGGUCUGUUAAAGGCUAAGCUAGCAAAGUACCGCUCACAGUUGCUGGAACCAUCUAAGAAGGGUGGCGAUAAGGGAGAAGGGUUUGAUGUACUGAAGUCUGGAGACGCUAGGGUUGCUCUAAUUGGUUUCCCUUCAGUGGGAAAGUCAACACUCCUGUCGACGCUAACGCACACACACUCAGAGGCUGCCAGUUACGAGUUCACAACGCUAACAUGUAUCCCAGGAGUCAUAGAGUACAGAGGAGCCAAUAUCCAACUGCUCGACUUGCCUGGUAUCAUUGAAGGCGCCGCACAGGGCAAGGGUAGAGGAAGACAGGUGAUAGCGGUGGCGCGGACGGCCGACCUGGUGCUGAUGAUGCUGGACGCCACGAAGCCCUACGUGCACCGCCAGCUGCUGGAGAAGGAGUUGGAGAGCGUCGGCAUCAGGCUCAACAAGCCUAAACCUAACAUUUAUUUUAAGGUCAAAAAAGGCGGUGGUCUCUCCUUCAACUCGACAUGUCAACUCACAAAAGUGGACGAAAAAAUGGUGCAGAUGAUUUUACACGAAUAUAAAAUAUUCAAUGCUGAGGUGCUAUUCCGCGAAGACUGCACGCCGGACGACCUCAUCGACGUGAUCCUGGCCAACCGCGUGUACCUGCCGUGCCUCUACGUCUACAACAAGAUCGAUCAGAUCUCCAUCCAGGAGGUGGACAGGAUAGCGCGCGAGCCGCACUCUGUCGUGGUUAGCUGUAACAUGAAGCUGAACCUGGACUUCCUGCUGGAGACGCUGUGGGAAUACCUGUCGCUGAUCCGCGUGUACACCAAGAAGCCCGGCCAGCCGCCCGACUUCGACGACGGACUCAUCCUCAGGAGGGGCGUGACGGUAGAACACGUGUGCCACUCCAUCCACCGCACGCUCGCCGCUCAACUCAAGUACGCCCUAGUCUGGGGCACCAGCACCAAGUACUCGCCGCAGCGCGUCGGGCUCGGCCACUCGGUCGCCGACGAGGACGUAGUGCAGCUCAUCAAGAAGUAGCUGGGAUAGCUCGUUGAGAAGUAGCCGUCGACUAAAAGCUCGUCAAGAAAUAGCCGCCGACUAAAAACUCUUUAAGAAAUAGCCGCCGACUAAAAGCUCCUUAAGAAAUAGCCGCCGACUAAACGACAGCGCACACUGGGCCCAAGAACUGCCGCCC